AUGGCCAGCUGGUACGGAAAAAAAGGCCGCGGGUUGAUUCUUGGCGUGUGGAACGCACACACUUCCGUCGGCAACAUUCUCGGAUCGCUCAUCGCGUCGUCCGCGCUUGCAAGCGGAUGGGGCUGGGCGUUUCUCAUCCCCGGAUUCAGUAUCAUGGCGGGAGCGCUGGUCAUGUUUCUGUUUCUUGCGCCGGAACCGGAAACCAUAGGGCUGGAGUCGCCGCAUUCGCUGCUGCUGUCGGAGUCGUCUAGUGAGGCGGGCGGGAGCGUGCACGGGGAGGGGGACGAGGAGUCGGGGCUUGAAGCUGUCGAAUGCGCUGACAUGGCUGCUGACGUGGCGGCUGGUUUCGAUGCUGCCCUAUUAGCUCCGAAAGAGGCUGCUUAUGCUUCAGUAUCGGAGCAGCUUACGGUGCCGCUUUUAAAGGGGAAGGAUGAUGCGGGGCCGGGAGCGGAGGGUCGGAUUGUGAUAACAGAGGAUGUGCUUAAAGCGGGGAUGGGAGGGAGCGGCGAGGAGCACGAGGCGAUCAGUUUCUGGGACGCAUGUCAAAUUCCUGGUGUUGCGGCGUACGCGUUAUGCUUGUUCUUUGCUAAGCUUGUGGCGUACACGUUCCUGUACUGGCUCCCGUUCUACAUCAAGCGCACAGAGAUAGCGGGCCAUCAUCUGACUGACGCGUUUGCUGGAGUAACGUCGACGGUCUUCGACUUAGGGGGGGUGCUGGGGGGGAUAGUGGCAGGCCAUCUUUCCGACCAUACGGGCGCCCACGCCACCGUGUCCGCUUCCUUCAUGCUCCUAGCCGUCCCCGCUCUCCUCCUCUACUCUUUUAUGGGCGGAAUUUCCCUCUCUGUGCACAUAGGGCUGCUUUCACUGGUGGGAUUCUUUGUGAAUGGGCCCUACGCGCUUAUCACUUGUGCCGUGUCCGCUGAUCUGGGGCAGCACGCGUCGCUCCGAGGGAAUUCCAAGGGGUUGGCUACGGUUACUGCGAUUAUUGAUGGUACGGGCUCGCUAGGGGCUGCUCUGGGUCCGUUUCUAACGGGGAUAGUGGCAGAGAUUGGGGGAGGAGGGGAUGGGGGGAAAGGAGCAGGGGACCUGGGGUGGAAGCUGGUGUUUGCAAUGCUUAUUUCGGCUGCUCUGGCUGCGGUACUGUGUAUACUGCGGUUAGUUAUUGGCGAGUUCAAAGAAGCAGCAGAGACGUCAGCAGCAUUAGAUGCCUUCUUAGAAGCGGAGAGGCAGCAGCAGGAGCAGGGAAGAGAAGGAGAGCAAGGGAGGGGCAGUGGAUUUCCGGGGGGAGAGCAGCUGGGAGGGGAGAGGGGCGAGCAGAGAGGCGAGCAGAGAGGGGAGCAGAGAGGCGAGCAGAGAGGCGAGCAGAGAGGCGAGCAGAGAGGGCCUCAACGUGUAACGAAUGCAAGAGCAGGAGGUUGUAUCGGUGGCACCACUGUUGGCGAAAGGGUGGAGGGUACUGCUCCACGUGCUGCUGCUGUUGUGUGGUUGCCCAGUGCUGUAGCUGUCCCCCUCCCUGCCAAGUUACCCAGUCACCAUCACCAACAUCCCACACAGCAGCCACAGCCCCAGCAGCAAGAGCAGCGGCAAGAACAGCAGCAGCAGCAGCAGCAGCAGCAGCAGCAGCAGCAGCAGGAGGAGGAGGAGGAGGAGCAGCAUCAGCAGGUGCAGAAACAACAGGAGCAGCAGCGGCAGAGCUAA